AUGAAUCCAACUGUCCCACCUCCGCCUUACACAAUGCAGCCCCAGCAGCUCCCUACGUCUACUCUACCACCAAUGCAGAAUGCGUAUCCACAACUGCCACCCGAGAAGGAGAUGUACGGUCAAGCCCAGCCGCAACAACCGCCGCACUACGUCCCAUCUCCUCCAGGAUAUUCAGCACAACAGCCCGUACAGCAGUCAGUAGCCCAACAGCCGCUCCAAUAUCCUCCAAAUAUGACCCCACAGCAGCAACAGCAAGUCCAGCAGAUCAUCCAAAACUUACCCCCUGAGAAGGUACUGCUCUACCAGCAGCAAGCUCAACAGAUGAUGAGCCCUCAGCAAUCCAUGAGCCCCUCAUCCUUCCAACAACCACAACAAAUCCUGCCUCAGUCACCCCCCAUCCAGCAACAGCAGAGACCGCACUACACAACCACCGCACCCUCCGGCCUCUUCGGCCCAAAGCACUCCUCCCACAGCGAUCCCACAACCCCGAAAGACGAGCAAAAAACAGACAGUGUAAAACGCUUCUUUGGAGACACCCUCUUCGGCCGUGUAGCCCGGUCGUCCGUCCAAACAGUCACCACCACGAUGAAGAUGCCGACCUCGCUCUCCCCCUGGGGCGACAACAAUCCUGUCACCCUCCCCAACGUCCGCUACCGCGACGCCGUCCUCUUCACAACUUUCGCUUUCGUCGGCGCACCGCUCGUAGACGGCAUCUCAGAUGGUGUGACAUCCGCGUUCGGCGCUGACAGCUUCAUCUCAGAGAUUGUGGCUUCGGGCGCGGAUACUAUUGUCGGCUCAACCGUCAUAAAAUAUGGCGUCUUCCAGAUCGUCGAGCAGGCUAUUGACAAGGGCAUAAUCGAGCACAUGCUUCCUGAAGAGGAGAAGAUGCUGGUCACCACGGGCGUGAAGAGCUUACAGGUGGGCAUCAAGCACAAACUGAUGGGCGUAGACGCCGAUCUACGCUUCGUGGGGAUAUAUCCCGCGCGCGACUCGCAAGCCUGCGAGAAAGGAUGGUUCUGUCCGUAUCUAUUUGCCAGUGCACGCACACCGUCUGUCCCGCGGGCGAAUGACUUUGGAAUAUGUCAGUUCUUUGGGCCGUUUUUGGGUGGGGACUACCUCCUCGCCCACAAGCUCCUCUCUGAAUCCACCCACACCCUCGCCCUCUGCGACCCCAACCCCCAAGCCGACAUCGGCACAAACCGCCUCGUCAUCCUCUUCACAGGCAUCGCGCCCUAUCGCGCAAACAUGUGGUCCACGUCGCGCCGUCCAGGAUGCGGUGAGUAACUCCUCUCCAGCACCCGCCAAAUCGCCCGUCUGGAGAUUCCCAGCCAACGGAAGAGAGAUAUUGACGCUCCCCAGGCACCAUAAUCUUCCACCUCCUCUCCGGCUGCCCCGCCCUCGUGAUCCCCGUGACCUCCCGCGCGCCAAUCUGUGCCUGGUCCCCCUGGACGCUGUCCCAGAUGCGCGCCGCGCAGUACGCCAUCAACCCUGGCAUGGGCAUUGGCGGUGACUACACCCCCGAAUGGCAGCACGAGCAGAUCUGCGAGUAUCUCGACACCAUCAUCAGCGUGCCGCACUGCAAAGAGAGUAUCAGAGAGCGGUACGUGGAUGUGCUGGGCAGGAUGGUGAGUCUGGUUAUUAACGGGGCGCUGGCGCUGGAGAAGUGUAGGCCGGUACUGGGGAAGCUGGAUCCGGAGAGGGCGGGCGUGGUGAUGUUUAGGUAUUAGCGGACUUCUAUCA